AUGUCUACCUCAUGUUUUGCUAUGAGACCAAUUUCUUCCAUUUCUAUGAAACCUUAUAACUCAAAAUCAUCAAUACUAAACACUUCAUCCAAAUCAUCUCUUUUAAACUUCGCUUCACUCACAACAACAACAACACUCAACCUAAACAAGUCUUUUAUUUGCAAAAGCCAAGAUCAACCUUUAUCCCAAACCAAACAAAGCCAAGCUGAACCAUCUGAAACAGUAAAAGUUCAAGAGCUUUGUGUUUAUGAGAUUAAUGAAAGAGAUCGUGGAAGUCCUGCUUAUCUUCCGUUUAGUAAAAAAGAUGUGAAUUCACUUGGUGAUUUAGUUCCCUUUAGCAACAAGUUGUACACAGGAUGUUUACAAAAGCGCGUUGGGAUAACAGCUGGAGUCUGCAUUUUGAUUCAAAACGUGGCUGAAAGAAAAGGGGACAUGUAUGAGGCAAUAUUCAGUUUUCACUUUGGAGACUAUGGUCAUAUUUCUGUGCAAGGUUCUUAUUUAACUUAUGAGGAUAGUUAUUUGGCUGUCACUGGUGGAACUGGAAUAUUUGAAGGUAUUAAGGAUUUGCCUCAUGAGCUUGUUGCUGAGCAUGUUGAGCCUAGCCUAAGUGUUGAGCCUAGUCCAGCUGCUAAAGCCUGUGAGCCUCAUGCUGUUAUUGCUGGUUUCACCAACUAG